GGAUGCACACUCGAGGGCAUACCACUGAAGGAAUUCUGGACACGUGAUUGGCCUGUGGUAACCGAGUUGCACCUGGACCAUGCGAAGGCAACAGAUAUAGAAGGGUUAACCAAUGAUUACUCGUCUUUAGAGCUGUUAAGUCUGUCCACUGUCGGCCUGGAGAAACUGGACGGAUUGCCGGAACUUCCAUCUUUGAAAAUGCUGGACUUAUCCAGUAACAGCUUGUCCGGUGGACUGGAAGGGCUCCUCCGCUGCCCGAAUCUUGAACAGCUCAACUUGAGCGCAAACAAACUGGACUCACUUGAUGAGCUGACUCCUUUGGCGAAGCUGUCCUCACUCAAGAAGCUAGAUCUGUUCGACUGCGCUGUGUCGAGCUCUGAGAACUACCGAAAAAAAGUGUUCGCGCUUAUUCCAAAUCUUGUGUAUUUGGAUGGACUUGAUCAUCUCUCCAUGAUUUUCAGAAACGAUAAUGAAGAACCUUCGGAUCAAGCUGCCAACGGAGAGGAGGAGGAUGCCGAUGGUGAGCGUACUCUUUGUUUUUUCUACUGGCACAGAUUGCGUCACCGUUUAUUUAAUCUAAAUAGAACUGUUAAUGUCAUAUAUCAAUAUUGCAUUUCACUAGUGAUACUUUUGCCCGUAUUACUCGCCAUUUAA